AUGACAACGAGUCUCCCUCGCAGGCGCACGGUUGGUGGCGGAGAGAUCGAUAUCGAGGCAUUCCAGCGAUCCUCCUCGAUCGCAACCCUCUCCUCCACAUACCCCUUGCGGCUCAUCUCGCACCCAGUUCGGACAAGCAGUCAGGCCGCCAUUAUUUUCAUGUCCUCCUAUGGAGGAGGACUUGUGGCUGGGGAUCAUGUUGAUAUGCAUGUUAGGGUCCGACCCAAGGCACGGCUAGCACUUCUGACGCAGGGAAGUACGAAAAUCUACAAAACACCAUCGAAAGACUUCUGCACGGAGCAGAAUCUCACCGCCACGAUAGAUGAGGGAGCAGCGCUGCUAUUGCUGCCCGAUCCUAUACAGCCAUUCAAGGCGAGUUCGUAUAAGCAAAGCCAAACGUUUCAUGUACAUCCGCAGCACUCCAGCGUGGCAUUUCUAGACUGGCUGUCAGCAGGCAGGGCCGCACGGGGAGAAGCAUGGGAGUUUUUCCAGUGGAGAGGGCGCAAUGAAGUGUGGUGCACUCUCCCCGCCAACGCAGCCCACGCGGCCCCGAAAAGGCUCUUGCUGCGGGACAACGUCAUCCUAGAUGGCAUGUCACCAUUAGAGCACAGCUAUCGCGAUGAAAUGGAUGAUUUGGGGAUAUUUGGCACCCUGGUCCUCCGGGGGCCAGUUUUUCAUCCGUUGGCGCUUUUCUUUCUGAAGGAAUUCACCAGUCUUCCGCGGGUCCGAGGGGUAUCCAACACAACACCGUCAAUCAUGAAAGCGGAAACAACACCAGCAGCAUCACCAAGGCUGACUUGGACUGCUGCGUCAAUACGGGGUUGUGUCAUCAUAAAGUUUGGGGCCAAAGAUGUUGACGAUGCCAAGCAAUGGCUGAGAGACAUGUUAGAGCGAGAGGGAACGGUGGAAAAAGAGUUUGGCAGACAUUCUCUACUGUGCUUACAGUAG